AUGUAUUAUGGACACUCCGUUGGCUACGUGGCGCGUCCGCUUCAGAUUCGUGAUGGAAAAGGCACCGUCUGGACGUUUCUAGCCUCCAGGUUCGACGACCGCCUAAGACCUGCAAUGGAGUUGAUCGCGGACGAUCGAUCCCUAACACCACACUUGAAGGCAAGCAUCAGGAUACCUUUUGAGAUAAAGAGUGAACUCGACGAUGUUUUAGCCAGGAACAAACAAUUACUGGAGGAAAAUAAGCAGGUCAAAGAAAGGAACAGUGAGUUGGAAAACGAGAUAAUUCCUCUUUCCAUUGAGUCUUCUUUACAGCUGAAUAAAAGUAGGGAUAGUUCUUCUGCUGUGGCCUACGACGAUGUUGAACGUAAGCGCUCAGUGAUUGUUGCUGGUAUACAGGAAUGUGUUUCUCCUCUUGCAUCCGUUAGGGUUUCCUAUGAUUUGGCUUGCAAGCAUCAGAUACCUUUUGAGAUGAAGAGUGAACUCGACGAUGUUUUAGCCAGGAACAAACAAUUACUGGAGGAAAAUAAGCAGGUCAAAGAAAGGAACAGUGAGUUGGAAAACGAGAUAAUUCCUCUUUCCAUUGAGUCUUCUUUACAGCUGAAUAAAAGUAGGGAUAGUUCUUCUGCUGUGGCCUACGACGAUGUUGAACGUAAGCGCUCAGUGAUUGUUGCUGGUAUCCAGGAAUGUGUUUCUCCGAUUGCAUCCGUUAGGGUUUCCUAUGAUUUGGCUUGUAUUCGUCGCAUUAACGACUUCCUCUCAAUAGAUUGCCAGCCGAUUUGCGUUUAUAGAAUGGGGCGCUAUAUAUCUGGUAAACCGCGCCUUCUUAAAGUAGUAUUUCCGUCCUCGUUUUUUUCGUCUUUACUUCUCAAGAGAGCACCAAAACUUAGAUUCUUCUCCGAGCAAGGAAUUUUUGUGAGACGUUCUUUGUCACUGGCUGAGCGCCAAUUAGAAUAG